UGAAGCCGACCGUGAUCCCAAAAACCGUAUAGGCGAACCCCGAAACCCCGUUGAAGGAGCCCGAAAGCCUGCUGAAGUGCUCAAACCGUCCCGGGGCUCCUCCAACCCUGCGCGUACAUCGUGGCAAUGGAGACUGAGGAGGAGGCCCCGGCAGCCUGGCCCUGGGUUUAUCUGGGCCGACUCGAGGAGAGCACCUCGGGUGGCAGGCUUCACGCGCAGGUCGAGGGCCGCUACGUGACGGUGCUGAAGCACGAGGGCAAGCUGCACUGCCUGGACAGCGUGUGCUUCCACGCCGGCGGCCCUCUUGCGCUGGGAGACGUCGAGGAGCUGCCCAGCGGGGAGCCCUGCCUGCGGUGCCCCUGGCAUUAUUACUACGUCGCACUUGGAAGCGGGGAGAAGUUCUACCAGGGGACGGUGCAGGGCCCCGACGGCAAACUGCUGCCCGGGCCCUGGAAGAGCGUGGGCCAGCGGCAGCGCAUGCACAAUGUGGAGCAGCGGGACGACGGAAUCUGGGUGCAGCUCAACCUGGAGGGCAGCCUGGCCAGCGAUGAGUACGCAUACAAGCACGAGUGCGGCCUGCGGAUACAGACGGGGCACCUGCGGCUCAGUCCGCACCACCUGCAUGCUAGCAAUGGCUUGGAUGGCUCCCGUUCGCCACGCAUGGGCUCCCCACAUGCUGGCUCGCCACGGCACUCCCCUCGCAGCUCGCCGCCCGCCUCACCACGCUACUCAGGCGAGGGGGAAGACGUCUGGCCAGCGGAUCUGCCAGAGCCGCCGCGCAACCAUGUGCGGCGCAACAUGAAUACCAGCACACAGUUGUGACCAGGCCUGUGCCAUGGUGCACCCGUUUUGGGCCGUCGCUCUUUCACAUGCUACGCAGCGCUCUAUGCUGCAUCCAUGCAUAACUUGGCAAAAUGUUGGGUCUCCUCCCGCUUUGCCUAUUGUCACCAACGCUGCAAUUCUUCUUGUGUGAAUGCGGUACAUGUAUUGCAUACACGUCGCUGUGCUGAGUGUGCUAUGCUGACAUCUGUUGCCAGCCCGCCUCUAUCAAUUGUAUGCUCCACCCUCCCCCAAAGAGUGCUGAUCACCGUGGUUCCUCGUUCCAUUCGUACCUGCCACCCUAGCAUGCGCUAGAUGUGUUUUCACAGCCUCUGGUACAUUCCUUCCCAUGUUAACGCAUGACACGCGGAU